AUGCCUUCCUAUGGCCAGGGACCCUCAAUCUCAGCUCUUGCAGCGCAACAGCAAAUGCAACAUCCUCAGUUCGUGCCGCCGCAACCAAAAGCAAUCACCCUCUUCAUCGGUUCAAUCUCAGGAGGCAUAACAGACGGAUUUCUCAACGACAUACUUAGCGCCUGCGGCCCCGUUAUCUCCUUCAAGCGGCUGAUCACUCCUGCCAACAAGCCCCAAGGAUUUGGAUUUGCUGAGUUCCAAGAUCCUGACAGUGCUCUUCGUGCUAUGGCGCUCUUGAACGGAGUUGAGCUACCUGCAUUAGAAGAUGGGUGCGUAAACAAAAAGCUUUUGGUCAAAGCAGACGAACGGACAAAGUCAUUCCUCGAGGCAUAUCAGGCUCAGAAGAUGCGGACAGAUGCCGACGACGAGCAAGUACGCCAGGCCAAAGGCCGAGUGGACGCGAUGCUCAAUGACAUCAACAAGAAGUCGCAAGAGGCAGCAAGUAAUGGGCUCAUCGACCGGGAGAAGUACGUUAUCCCACCCCAUCUGCACGAUCUCCAGGAGGCCGACCUGCCCGAGACACAACGCGGUCUCGUCAUGACCGAGAUUGCGCAGUUCCGCGAACGUGCCGCGAAGCGCGAGCGCGAGAAGAUGCGCGAUGUACGGGAAGCCAUGCCAAACGUUCUCGCCGCCCCGAGCGGACCUAAGGUCCGCGAGUGGGGGAAAGCACAGCUACAGGAGGAACUACCACAGGGUGGAAAGGGAUUCGGUAACGGUGCGCAGGGGUACAACAAGCCUGUCGGUUUUGUCAAGGCCGACGAUGGGGGCUAUACGCCUAGGUCGGAUAGGCCGUCGUCCGCCCGACCCACGAAGACUGACGAAGAGCUGGAGGCGGAGAGACGAGAGGCACGACGACGAGACGAGGAGAAUUCCUACAAAGACCGAGAACGUCGCUAUGAGCCUCGAGAGCGUACCCGAAUAACGGCGCUGGAACGUGCUAUCACGCGAGAGCGGGCAAUGAAGGAGGCGGAGGAACGGGAUCGGUCAGAGAUGCGCGCCCGGUUGGAUGUGUGGGACGAUGACGAGAGCGAUGAGAUAUUCUACACCGACCGGGCCCGGUGGCGAGCACUACGCUCCCGACGGCUCGCAGCCGAGCAAGCAGCGGACGAAGAAUCGCGGCUCUACGAGGAGCGGGAGACGGACAACCUACGUCGGGAGUCCGAGGCGUUCCUUGCACGACAGAUGGACGAGAUGCAGGCUCUGCAAGACGAGCAGCGCAAGGCCGGCAUGCUCCUCGACGAUGGCGCCCCUGUCAAACUCGGUGUGUCCAUCACUGCGGCUGCGACAAAGAAAGCGGAUACAGCGCCAAAGGAGAAGGCGGCGACCUUGUUCGGGCAGGAGGAAGAGGAGGAAGAAGCUAUCAAGAAGCGGAAAGUACCACUACCAAAGCUGGAUCUUGCGGAGAGUGGCGAGAAGGCGAAGGAACGCCUGGAAAAGAUCCGGAACGAGGUCACGCGCGACAAGGAAACGCUCUUCAAGAGCAAGGUCCGUUGGGACGGUGUCUCCGACGUCAUGAUCGACAGGAAACUAGAACCGCUUGUCAAGCGGCAGAUGACGAAGUACUUGGGCGAACUCGAAGACGACGACUUGAUUAUGUUCGUCCUAGAGCAUCUCAAGGACCACAAGGGACCCCAGAAGCUCAUCGAAGGUCUCGAGCCGGUACUCGAAGAAGAGGCAUCCGAGUUCGUCGUCAGCAUCUGGCGCCAGAUCAUCUUCGAGAGCAUAGCCUACGGCGAAGGCCUACACACCGAGAAGCUUAUGGUCGACUAAACCUCCCUCCUCAAUAUUGUCUUGCUCGCCCGAAGACCGCGGAGGGCGUCGGAGAUGCAGAAGGAGGAGCCUCCGAGUGCGGUGCUUGGGGCAGGUACGUUUGCGUAGUAUCAGCGUGCUUUCCACUGAGAUGUAC